UUGGAGGCGCAGGUUUGGAAAGGUUGGGUGCGGCCGAGCUGGUUUCCGGGUGUCCGUCCAGUUCCUAAAGGACUCGCUCCUUGUGCCUUUUUCUCUGCGUCGCGGGUGGCACUGUCUCACGGGGGUGCCGUGAGCGUUCCUAAAGGAGGACCGAGGGUCGGAGUGAUGGGGGCGCGGAAGCGGAUUAAAACAGGCUGCGCUCCCCAAAGAGUGGAUGUUGCUUCGCACCUUGGAAUUUAACUCGGCGAGAGCGGUGCGGUUUUCCUGUGCAUCUGGUGGUCCCGACCCGUUGUCACUGGUAUUCACUGUCCAGACGCUGCUCGCUGCAGUUCAGGACGGGAAAAACCAUCGUGUUCAACGUUUUUCUUGGAGGAGAAUUUAGCAAUAGGCACAAUGUCUAUUUUCCCUAGAAUAUCUUUGAGGCUUGAGGUUGAAAACUAUCUUAAAGAGGGCUUUAUGAAUAAGGAGGUUGUGUCGGCUUUUGGUAAACAAGAAGCAGAAAGGAAGUUUGAAACUCUGUUAAAUCGCUUGUCACACCCUCCAUCAUUCACAACUGUCAGAGUAAAUACACAUCUAGCCUCGGUGCAACAUGUGAAAAAUCUGUUACUUGAUGAACUUCAGAAGCAGUUUAAUGGAUUAAGUGUUCCUGUUCUUCAACAUCCAGGCCUCCAGGAUGUCUUACUUAUUCCUGUUAUUGGACCAAGGAAGAAUAUAAGAAAACAACGGUGUGAAGCCAUUGUUGGAGCCCACUGUGGCAAUGCCGUGUUAAGAGGAGCCCAUGUCUAUGUUCCAGGAAUUGUGUCAGCUUCAAAAUUUAUGAAGGCCGGAGAUGUUGUUUCUGUAUACUCUGAUAUUAAAGGCAAAUGUAAGAAAGGAGCCAAAGAAUUCGAUGGAACAAAAGUAUUUCUUGGAAAUGGGAUUUCUGAAUUAAGCCGCAAAGAAAUCUUUAGUGGGCCACCUGCAUUGAAAGGUAUAGGCAUACGAAUGACAGAACCAUUAUAUCUCAGCCCUUCAUUUGACAAUGUACUGCCCAGCUACUUAUUUUUACAGAAUUUGCCAUCUGCUGUAGUAGCUCACGUUCUGGACCCUCAACCUGGAGAGAAGAUUCUAGAUUUGUGUGCAGCACCUGGAGGCAAAACAACGCACAUCGCAGCACUGAUGCACGAUGAGGGAGAAGUGAUAGCACUGGACAAAAUAUCCAACAAAGUGGAAAAAAUAAAGCAGAAUGCUUUAUUAUUAGGGCUGAAUUCCAUCAGGGCUUUUUGCUUUGAUGGAACAAAGGCACUUAAACUGGAUGUGGUUGAGGACACAAAAGGAGAGCCUCCAUUCUUACCAGAAUCUUUUGACCGAAUUCUUCUUGAUGCACCCUGCAGUGGAAUGGGGCAGAGACCAAACAUGGCUUGUUCUUGGACUUUGAAGGAAGUGACAUCGUAUCAACCAUUGCAGCGAAAACUCUUUACUGUGGCGGUGCAGCUGCUGAAGCCGGGGGGCGUGCUGGUUUAUAGCACGUGCACAGUCACACUGGCAGAGAACGAGGAACAAGUGGCCUGGGCCCUCGCAGCGUUUCCUUGUCUUCAGCUUCAGCCGCAGGAACCACAAAUUGGAGGAGAAGGAAUGAUGGGGGCUGGCCUGUCAUGUGAACAACUGAAACAGCUGCAGCGAUUUGAUCCAUCUGUCGUCCCGCUACAGGACAUGAACAUUGAUUCUCUCCGAGAGGCCAGAGUAGAAGACAUAGUGUGGAUGGCAAAUAAGGAUUGUAUAGGCUUUUUUAUUGCAAAAUUUGUAAAGUGUGAAAGUAUACAGGAGAAUGAUCCUUAGAAAUGAAAAUUCCAAACAUUUGCCCUGUGUUUUUGUUUUUUUUUUUAAUUUAAAAACCAAUCUGUUCUCAGGCCAAGUGAUUGUUGGCAUCAUUGCUAAGGUAACAGAAAAGGCUGCUAGCUGUUUCACCAAGGGUUAAAAGAUACAGAGAAAGUAAUCAGUGGUGUGGUAUGAGGUUAUAUUUUGUAAUUUAAAAUAAUUUUUCCUUUUGAAUUUUGUAGAGUUCAGCAAAAAGGAGAUGCCGAUAGGUAUCUGGAACAUUUUUAUUUGGGGUCUUGUGUUUUACUUUGUAAAAAAUGCAAGUAAUUUGUAAUGGUAAUCAGUGACUGUAACAUGGAAAAAAUCAGCAAUAUUUAAUUUGCUUAUACAAAAUCACUAGUUGUCAUUCCUGAGUUGCUAAGUGGGUCCUUAAGAAUUCAGGGCCUGGGAAGGAUGAUGUUUACCAUGUGCCAGUAACUGAGCUGAGUAUUUUACCUCUUUUUUUUUGCUACUAUUUGGUAAAUAAACUCUCUUUCAAAUGGAGUCUGGAUCUCUUGAU